CGAUAACGUCACUCCUUUGUGCUUCGCGGAGCAAUUGGGCGACGGGCAACAUGGCACUGAUAUCCUCGAUAUUGGCGCUCCGGCGAGAUGCCCGCAUUCUCAAGAUCCCACCUUACCUCUCCGCGCUGUGCAUUGUCAUUGGCAUAGCAUGGCUGCUGGUCCUGCCUCUAAAUGAGUACUCGCGCAACACAUACGUCUCCGAGAACGCACUGCUGCCAGGACAAGUACACACCUACUUCACAGGCAGCGAGCAUAAUGUCUUUCGCGCGUAUCGGCAAGAGGUCCAUGCCAUGAUUGACAGGCCGGUAGAGGAACGCUCCCAGAGACUAGGAGACAUCUUCCGCUCGAACAACCUCAAGGUCGCAACCCAGAAGUACUCGUACCAUGUCUCGAACCGCACGAUUGCAAACGAGAACGUCUAUGCAAUCCUCCAGGGACCUCGUGCCGACGCUACGGAAGCUAUUGUAUUGAUUGGAGCUUGGAAGAACAUGGACGACGAGGUGAACAACUCUGGAGUAGCUCUUGUCUUGACUCUGGCUCGGUACUUCAAGCGUUGGAGUUUAUGGAGCAAGGACAUCAUCUUCCUAGUGUCUGGUGACAGCACCACUGGACCUCAAGCCUGGGUCGACGCAUACCACGAUGGGCACGACGAGCGCUAUGUCGAGAGCCUGAAGAUCAAGAGCGGAGCAUUGCAAGCAGCGGUUGCCGUUGACUAUCCUGCUGGUCCCUGGGGCCACCGAUACGACAAGCUGCACGUCCUGUACGAUGGUGUGAAUGGCCAGCUGCCUAACCUUGAUCUCUUCAACACCGCGGUACAGAUCGCAUCGAGCCAGAUGGGCAUCGGCUGCGCCAUUCAGCGCAUGUUCGACCACAGAGACUCAUACAAGGAGCGAUUGCAGACGAUGCUCCGUGGUAUGGUCUCCCAGGGCCUAGGUCACGCAACCGGACCUCACUCAUCCUUCAUUCCAUACCACGUCGACGCCAUCACCCUCAGCACAGUUGGCGACGGCUGGCAUGACGAAAUGUCGCUCGGCAAAACCAUCGAAUCGCUGUUCCGCAGUUUGAACAACCUGCUCGAGCACCUGCACCAAAGUUUCUUUUUCUACCUCCUCAUCCAAGCGAACCGUUUCAUCAGCAUCGGCACCUACCUCCCCUCAGCAAUGCUAAUCGCCGUCAACUUCAGCAUCACCUCCAUCGCGCUCUGGGUCGCCAGCGGCCGCUCAACCGAACCCAUUCCCAACCCGGCGUCCACCGCGCCUCCCAAGGACGACAGUGCUGCCAAAAAAGACAUCGCUGCGCUAUCCACCGAGUCCAGACAGCCUGAGAUGGAACUCGUAGAACAAGACGAUCACAAAGCCCUCGUCCCCAAAGCCUCCACCGCCAUCACCGAACGCCACCUCCUCUUCCCCCUUCUCUCGGUUCUAACAAUACACUUCCUCGGCUUGAUACCGUUGUACAUGUUCAACACCUGGGGCGCCGAAAAUCUCUCGCGUCUGUACCUUACCUUUGCAAAUGGAACGACGCUGCUGCCUCUCGUCAUCGCCUGGUUUCUUUCAGAACUGCGUCCGCUCUCCACGCAGGAGGUUACGUUGAUCCAGUGUUUUUCAUUGCUAUUGCUGGGUAUGAUCCUCGCCGCCCUCGCAACACUGAACUUCUCGCAAUCGUUCUUGAUCGGCGUGCUUGCCACACCGCUGAGCUUCGUGCGCAAGACCAACAAGACAUGGCUGACAGCGAUCCAACUGGGGUUUCUGGCCGUGCUCAAUCCGGUUAUGGUAGCGCAAUGGAGUGCCAAGUUGCUGGGCGCGGAUUUGCAGGAGGUGCUUGUGCUGGCUGCGCAGGGGUGGCAUGUUUGGGGGCUGUGGACGCAGGUCACAGUUUGGCUGAUUUGGUUUCCGGCGUGGGUGUUGGGAAGUGUUGUUGUUGCCGGGGGCGUGAUGGAAGGUGGACUGGUAGGCUAGCGCCUCGAUAGAGCAGUACACGUGUAUGAGAAAUGAC